AUGGCUUGCAACGGCUUUUGCCUUGCCAUGGUGGCAGUACCAUUCUGCAGAUGUCGAGUGCUUUAUAUCGGAAGUGCGGUUCCUACAAUCACCAAAGAUGGUCUGCAAGGCAUCCAGCAACCCUUACGUGAACGAUACCCGAUUGAUGAUAGUGCCGAUACAAAGGGAAUUGAUUCAUGGUUUGUGAUUAUUUUGUUAAAAAAUGAUAAGUGA